AAAAUGUAGUUAAUUUGAAUAAUGCUUUAAUCUUUAAUAGUUAUCUUAAUCAAAAAUUAGAAAAAAAAUUAGGAGUAAUCGAAAUUAAUUUAGCAAAACUCACCAAACUUAUAAGAGAAAAUACCAAAUCAGCUCAGUAUCGGUGUUCAGAAUCCUCAGACUAUAAUAAUAGAGGAUUGGAAAAAAGAUUAGAACAAAUUGAAGCUCACUUAGCCAAAUUUGCCAGAAAAGAUACUAAAGGUGCCAAAAUACCUCAGCAUUCCAAAUCCAGAAGUGGUCGAGUUCAUAUGGCUACAGUAGAUGAACAGUCUAAUCCCAUUUUUUCUGAUGAUGACACGUCUAAAUCUGAGGGUAAUGAUAAUGACUCUGAUAAUUCUUCAGCUGUAAACUACGCUGAGCAGAGUGGUCGUUCUAAUAAGUCCUCAAGCUCUAAAACUAAUAAUGAAUCCAAGCCUCAUAAG